AUGCGACCAAAGAGUUACAACCCUCUCGAUCCGAUUCUUCAAAUUCAACCCGAAGCCGGACAAGAAAGCCUUCAAAUGAAGGAGAUUUUGGUUCGGGGUGUGGAACGUACUAAUGAAUCCAAAUUGAAGAAUGCGUUUGAAGCAACAACCAGAGCUAAAAAUUUAAAUGAAUUGAAUGAAGCCAUCAGUGUUGGCUUGGAAAGAUGUAGUAAAUUGGAUGUAUUGAAUAAUUUGAAUGUUAUUCUUGAUACGGAUGAGAACAAAAAUGUUGUACUCGUUUUGGACUGUAAGGAGAAGCAAUCAACACGUUUUUCCGUCGGUUCUACGGUCAAUGACAAGGGUCAAGUGAAGGGAGAGGUUUCAGUCGGAUAUAGAAACUUGUUGGGAGUAGCUGAUAGGUGGGAUGUUGAUGCUAAUUUUGAUAAGAGUGGCUUGACUUUUGUGAGCCGUGCUUUCUUUCCACAAAGUUUCAAUAAUGAUGGUGCUCUUUAUUUGAGCGGAUACUUGCUCGGAAGUAGAAGAAUUACAAAUCUCUUGCAGGAGAAAUCGAAUGGUGUUUCGGUCCGAGCUGAAAUCAAUGAUAGACAUACCAUUUCCUAUGAUUUUGAGUUGAGAAGAAAUGAAGAUGUGAGUGCCAUCUUCAGAAAGGCAUCAUCAUCGGGCUCCUUCAAUCGAUUCUUUUCUUCAUUUUUCAAUAGUAAGACCCAAGAGUCGGAACCUGUCCUCGACCAAGAAGAUUCCCAUGUGAAGAGUCAAGUUUGGACCGAAGUGAGAGAACACAGUGUCAAAUCAUCACUCAGCCACAUUUAUCGUUACGAUACAAGAGAUUCUGCUGCCACGCCAUCACAAGGAGCCUUCUUUAAAUUAGUUCAUCGAUUGGCAGGAUUGGGAGGUGACGUGAAACAUUACUCGGUCGACAUGAACGGUGAAGUGUUUGUUCCUCUCAUUUCUGAUACCCUUACUGCUGCUUUAAAACUCAAUGUUGGUACCAUUAUUCCUCUCGAUCGACAGAAUGAUACAUUCAUCUCGCUCAAUGAUCGAUUUGUGGAGAAUGUUCGUGGAUUCCCUGCCGUAGGUUUGGUUCAUCCACGAUCUGAGGAAGUAUAUGGAGGAAAUGUUAAGGCUCUCGCAACUGGAAGAUUAAUUUUCCCAUUCCCAAUUUCAUUCCUUCAUCAAUUACUUGGCUUGCAUUGUCAAGCAUUCUUUGAUGCUGGUCAUGUGGCGAAUAUGAACGAUUACAGCGAAAAGGGCAUGCAAGAAUUUAAGGAAAAAUUCUCAAAGGGUCUCCACACGAGUGUUGGUUUUGGACUUGCCAUGAUGCUGAGCUUUGGUAGAAUUGAAUUCAAUUUUGCCAAGCCAUCGACAAUCUUCAAUGACCAAAACAAUUUACCUCCCACUCUUCAAAACUUUAAACAAUUUUCAGUCAACUUUGUUUACAACGAAUAA